UUUACUUGUACAACCCUUCAAAAAUGAUACCAAAAUCUUUCCCCACAAACACAACUCCCCUACACCAACCUCCUCUCAUUUUCCAAACCAAGAUUCCACACAUUUGUCACCAUCAACACAAGUUACACACACCCAUUAAUCUUUCGGCUUUUUGUUUCGAAAGAAACCGUCAUGGGAAAAGAAGAACAAGAUUACCAUUAGCACCGGCUUCAAAAGGAUCAGACGACGGAGAUAAUAGAGCCGUGGACACAGUCCUCAAGCUUUACGAAGCGAUUAAGAACAAGAAUCUUAAUGAAAUGUCCGAGAUCAUCGGGCAUGAUUGCCUUUGCGUGUGCAACUUUGUCUCCAUGUUCAAAACAUUUAGUGGAAAGCAGCAAGUGAUGAAAUUCUUCACUUAUCUGAUGGGUACUUUAGGAGAUAAAUUUGAGUUCAUUGUAAAACCGACGUUGCAUGAUGGAAUGACAGUCGGGAUUUCUUGGAAACUAGAAUGUAAAAAGACCCAUAAACCAAUUGGAACAGGUUUUAGUUUCCAUAUAUGUCAUGUCUACCAAGGGAAGGUGCUUAUAAGGAAUGUAGAAAUGUUUUUGGAGCCUUUUGUACAUAUUGAUAAUCAUGGAUUGAAAAUGGCGGGGCUUGUUGCAAACAUUAUUGGAGAAAUGGCUUCCCAAACAAUACUCAAAGGUGAAAGGAAAAAAGCUGCUUAUGUUUUGUGCAGCCUAGUCACAUUAGCAUUGCUAUUAUUCAUUAUUAGAAAGACUUAUAGAAGUUAACCGAUCUAUACGUUGAUUAUGAUUUUUGAUUGCUGCUACAUUUUCUAGCUGGGUCUUGUUAGGCUGUUGGGCUGGACCCGUUCUAGCUUUCCCGAGUCCCAACCUUUGAUCUAGGCUGCAACAUAUAGAUAAACCAUUAGACGGUUGUAACCCGAAGGUGUAGCCUUAGGGAACACCCAUCGACAAUCAAGUCAGUAUGUGUAACCAUAUUUUGUAUUAAAUGCAUCUCUCUCUCUAUC